CCGACCAUGUUUGAUGGAAAUACCGAACCGGUGUAUUUAAAAAAUCGGGAUUUCACGUACGGACAGCAGCAGCCUCAACCAAAUGAAUUGCAGUUGGCUGAUUCGACGUUUAAUUCAAAAGACAAAAUGGAAAAAUACACCAGUAAACUUGAAGUACAAGAUGAACUUGGCAUGCCGGUAAACUACGUAAGAAUUAAAGCCCUAGAAGAUGAUAUUCGGACGAAUAUAAUUAGUGAUAAAAAUUCAUUGCACAGAGCCAUCACUCCAGUAUUAAUUUUGGCGCAAAUUUGUGCUCUUUUACCAGUUCAAGGAAUUCAAGGAAAAAAUACAAGUUAUUUAGUUUUCAAUUGGUUUUCCUGGACAGUUUUUUAUGUAUGCAUUGUGAUAGCUGCGUCCCUUUUAAUUCUUUCAUUUUCAUUCAUCAAAAUAUACAUGACUGGACUGACGUAUUACAGCACGGGAGAAAUUAUGUUUUUCGGAAGUUCACUGGUAAUUUAUAUCUUAUUUAUUCAUUUGGCCAGGGAAUGGCCAAAAGUUAUGGAAAAAUGGGAACUAAUGGAACGUGAAAUGAGACAGUUUGGUUAUCCUCCCAAAAUGGCUAUUAAGUUCAAAAUUCUUACAAGUAUUGUAAUGACGCUUGCUUUAAUUGAACACUCUGCUUCCGUUAUAACGGGAAUAAUGAAAGCAAUUCCUUGUUCGACGGGUGGACUUGAUAUUUUUCGAGCUUACUUCUCAAUGUCUUUUCGACAAGUCUUUACAUUAAUCAAUUAUUCACUUGUAAUAGCUGUACCUUUGGGACUUUUUAAUUGUAUGCUUGCUUGUGCUUGGAAUUAUAUGGAUUUAUUUAUUAUCAUACUAGCAUGUGCUUUGUCCGAUAGAUUUAAGCAGCUUAAUCAAAAACUAGCCAGUAUCAAAGGAAAGGUGCUUCCAGGUACAUAUUGGCGGAAAUCUAGAGAAACAUAUAACCUAUUAGCGUCGUUAACUAAAGACUUUGAUGAGUUUUUGUCGCCGGUGAUAUUAUUAUCAUUUGCUAAUAAUUUGUAUUUUAUUUGCUUACAGCUUCUAAAUAGUUUGAAACCAAUGCACGACGUUUGGGAGGCUCUUUACUUUGUGUUCUCAUUUACAUAUUUGGUUGGAAGAACAUGUGCUGUGCUUCCAGGUACAUAUUGGCGGAAAUCUAGAGAAACAUAUAACCUAUUAGCGUCGUUAACUAAAGACUUUGAUGAGUUUUUGUCGCCGGUGAUAUUAUUAUCAUUUGCUAAUAAUUUGUAUUUUAUUUGCUUACAGCUUCUAAAUAGUUUGAAACCAAUGCACGACGUUUGGGAGGCUCUUUACUUUGUGUUCUCAUUUACAUAUUUGGUUGGAAGAACAUGUGCUGUAUCUUUAUACGCCGCUUCCAUAAACGAUCAAAGCAAAAAACCGAAAGCCAUCCUAUUUUCUGUGCCAACUGAAAGUUAUGGAGUAGAGGUAGCAAGAUUCUUAAUGCAAGUGACAUCUGAUGAAUUAGCAUUGACUGGAUGUAAUUUUUUUUCAGUAACUAGAACUUUAAUGUUAACGGUUGCUGGGACAAUAGUCACAUACGAGAUUGUAUUAAUACAGUUCAACAGUGUAAACAGUGAAGUUAAUGAUAUAAAUAAUACUAUUAAUUUUAAAUUCGGAAACAGCGAGUGUGAUGAGUUUAGUUGUAUUAUAGUAACGACAUUAGUUUUAAAAAUUUUUAUUAUGUCUGACGAAACCACUUUAGGGCCCGUUUAUCUCAAGAGCAGGAAUUUCAUUGAAUCUGGAUAUGAACGACAGUUGAAACAAAAUUCAUUAUCGGAUCCAGUAGACGUUUCAAGUUAUAACACGUUUAGUUUAAAAAAAAAGAAGGGAAACAUUGCACUUGAAAUACAAGAUGAUCUUGGGAUGCCAGUGAAUUACGUGAGAAUCAAAGCUUUGGAAGACAGUAUAAGGAAGGAUAUAAUUAGCGAUACAAAUUCGAUGCACAAAGCCAUAAUUCCUGUACUUAUUUUAGCGCAAAUAUGCGCUAUUUUACCAGUUCAAGGCAUUAGAGGACAAAACACUAGUUAUUUAGUUUUCAAUUGGUUCAGUUGGCGAGUGAUAUAUAGCUUUAUUGCAAUUGGAAUGUCUAUCACAAUGGUUUUGUUUAUAAUAUUAAACUUGUAUUAUAAUGGACUGACAUACGACAUCACAGGUGAUAUAGUAUAUUUUGGAGGUUCACUAGUCACUUACAUAGUUUUUAUUCAUUUGGCAAGGGAAUGGCCAAAUAUUAUGGAAAAAUGGGAACUAAUGGAACGUGAAAUGAAACAAUAUGGAUACCCACUUAAUAUGGCAUUUAAGUUUAAAAUUUUAACAAGCAUUGUUAUUUUACUUUCAUCAAUUGAACACUUUGCUACUAUUUUAACAGGAGUAUUGAGAGUUUUACCUUGUUCAUCUGAUGGACUAGAUAUUUUUCGAGCUUAUUUUUUGACAUCGUUUAAAACGGUCUUUACGUUUAUAAACUAUUCGUUUAUAGUAACUAUUCCUUUGAUGUUUUUCGAUUGUCUGUUUUCUUUUGCUUGGAAUUGUGUGGAUUUAUUUAUAAUUAUACUUGCCUGUGCUUUGACCAACAAAUUCAAGCAGCUCAACAAAAAAUUGGACAGUGUCAGGGGAAAAGUACUUCCAAGUAUGUAUUGGCGGAAGUCUAGAGAAACAUUUAAUACUUUAGCAUCAUUAACUCAUGACUUGGAUGAAUUUUUAUCUCCAGUGAUAUUAUUAUCAUUUGGCCAUAAUUUGUACUUUAUUUGCUUACAACUUCUUAACAGUUUGAAGCCUAUACACAGUUCUUGGGAAGCUCUAUGUUUUGCAUUUUUAUUUACAUAUCUAGUUGGAAGAACUUGUGUGGUGUCUUUGUAUGUCGCAUCCAUUAAUGAUCAAAGCAAAAAACCAAAAACCGUUUUAUUCUCUGUGCCAUCAGAGAGCUAUGGAGUCGAGGUAGAAAGAUUUUUACUACAAGUGUCUGCUGACGAAUUAUCAUUUACUGGUUGUAAUUUUUUUUCUGUCACGAGGACGUUUAUGCUAACGGUGGCUGGAACUAUAGUCACGUACGAGAUAGUAUUAAUACAAUUUAACAAUGUGGCUAGCGGAGUAGCUGAUCACAAUAAUACUCUUAUUAAUAUUUGUCCAUAGUUAUUAUAUUAGGAAUAGAUUGACUGAAAAACAAAGUUAAUCAGCUCCUUAUUGAUUAAGAACUAUUAUGAAAAUUAUA